GCACGGUCGGGGCACGCGGCCCGGUGAGGUGGCGGCAGCGCUCAAGGCUUCAACGGGGAAGCGGAGGCCGAGGUGGUGCCCGGCGCUGGGAGGGCCCGAGGCGGGUUGAGAGCGGAGGGCAGGGCGGGCUGCCCCGGGAGUGGGGCUGCGGCGGGUGCGCGGGAGGAACGGCCCAGGCAAAGGCCGAGAGGUGGACGCCCUGGUCAGCUCCCCCGUCGGCACCUUCAGGGAUGGGCUCCAAGGCCAAGAAGCGCGUGGUGCUGCCCACCCGCCCGGCGCCCCCCACGGUGGAGCAGUUCCUGGCGGACGUGCGAGGGGCGCCCGCCGACGACCCGGUCUUCACCUCCCUGGCGCCGGCAGAAUUCCCAGGCCCCUCUGGGAGGGCCCAGGACACUAAGGCCCAGCAGGAGCAGCUCUACCAGCAGAGCCGGGCCUAUGUGGCCAUGAACCAGCAGCUACAGCGGGUGGGCAACCAGCUGAAGCAGAAGUGUGAGGACCUGCAGCGGGCCGGUGAGCGGCUGGAGCGGGACGUAGGCCAGUUGAAGCAGGUGGCACUGCCGGGGACUGUGGCUGCCUCCUCAGGCUGACCUGGCUGGCAGCUUACACGAGCCCGCACCCUGGGCAGCGUGUCCAGGGCUCACGGGAUCCUUGGUCCUCCCCGUGACACCUGACCUGGCUCACCCUGGAGCUGGGCCUCUGGGUCCCAGAAGCAGGUUCCGGGUUCCGAGUGUUCUGUGGUCUAGGCACAAUUGGAUACUGGAGACCCAGGGGACAGAGCCUGCCCCGGGGCGUGUGGUUGUACCAGGCAUCGCUCGUGGUCUGACAGAUGCGCCUCCCCCAGCCGGGCAUGCGCCUCCCGUGAGGGUCAGGUCUGGGACAGCAUGGAUGCCACCAGCCCCAGGGCUCCUGUGCUGGGGCCUAAUCACCAUGGGGCUCAGACUGGGCCUCUGCAGGGUUCCCAGCACCCAAGGGCCGGCAUGUGCAUCCUCCCCCCGGGCAACCCUGCUUCACUGCCUCCUCCCGUAAGACUGAGCUGGAGAAACCCACCCGCUGGCCCUGCCCAUCUCUGCGUGAGCUGUGGGUCCCCAGAGGUUCCUACAGAGGAUGGGGGUUCUGUCCCCUGUGGUAGCGGCGACCGUGUGAGGAGCCAUCGCCCAGGAGGGCUGGAUCUGAGUUGGGACCUCAGGUGGGGACCCUGACCUAAGGUGUGGGCGCACCCCAGGGCUGGCACUUGUGUGGUGCAGGACCCACCCACCAGCUGUGGGAUUCGAUCACACUGGGCCACCCAGCCCAGCUCCUGUCGUCUCUGGUCUUAACUCCUUGAGGGAGUGAGACUCCCAUCAGCAUGUGGACCCAGGCAGCCAGGACAGAAGGCCCAAAACAUCAUCCUCCCGACCCCCACCCCCAUGCUUGCCCGCGUGAAACGGGAGCAGCAAGUGAGCGUGAUUCAACAGCUGUUUAUUAAAGGUGUACGUGAGA